CUAGAGGAAGGGGAGGAAAGCGUGCUGGUGUCUUUUUUUUUUUUUUUUUCCUUCCCAGUGCAGUGCGUGAGUCUGCGGGUAGCCGGAGGUGCGGAGCGCGGGGCCUGGCUCGGCCUCCCCGGCGCGCGUGUGACUGCGGCGAGUGCCCUCCUCCUGCUCCUCCACGAGUUGGAGGAGUGCAGCGGGCGUGCUCCCGGGUUGCCGGGACGCGAGCUCGUGCUCGCCUUUUCAGCGGUCGCCCGUCACGCACACACUCCAGUCCCCUGAGAGUUGGUCUUCGCGCCUCGGCGCGCCCCUCCUCACCCGGCCCCUCCCACCGACCCCCGUUCCCGCUCGCUCCUGGUAGCGAGUUUGCUUCAUUCCUGGGGUCCCUGCUUGGGGGCGGAGAAGAUGGCUGGCGGACGUCUGCUGUUGGGGGGCGACUUCCUGUCGCCGCCGCCGCUGCCCCCCCUCCCGCCGCCGCCGCUGCCGCCCCUCCCGCCGCCCCCGCCCGAGCCAGUGCUGGAGCAGUGGCGCUAUAGCCACGAAAGUGACUGGCAGUGGGCUCUGCGGCGCAGCUUCAUCUGUCGGCACCUGCACAGCUAUCCCGGGGCUGCCCUAGACCAGCUCCUCGCGCUCUCCGCUGCCUGGACCAACCACGUUUUCCUGGGCUGCAGAUACAGCCCACGCUUGAUGGAAAAAAUUCUCCAAAUGGCUGAAGGUAUUGAUAUUGGGGAGAUGCCUUCAUAUGAUCUGAUGCUGUCCAAAGGUCAAAAACGUCACCUCUCAACAUGUGAUGGUCAAAGUCCUCCUAAAAAGCAAGCCGGUUCCAAAUUCCAUGUGAGACCUCGUUUUGAGCCUGUACAUUUUGUAGCUAGUAGUUCAAAAGAUGAAAGACAGGAAGAUCCUUAUGGCCCUCAAACAAAAGAGGUAAAUGAACAAACACAUUUUGCCAGCAUGCCAAGAGACAUCUACCAAGAUUAUACUCAAGACUCUUUCAGUAUACAAGAUGGAAAUUCUCAGUAUUGUGAUUCAUCAGGAUUUAUUUUCACAAAAGACCAGCCUGUAACAGCCAACAUGUAUUUUGACAGUGGGAACCCUGCCCCCAGCAGCACAUCACAGCAGGCAAACUGCCAGUCAGCUCCUGAGCCUUCACCAUCACAGACAUUUCCUGAGUCAGUGGUAGCCGAGAAGCAGUAUUUUAUUGAAAAAUUAACAGCAGCUAUCUGGAAGAACCUUUCUAAUCCAGAGAUGACUUAUGGAUGUGAUAAAAUUAAUUACACAUAUAUGUUAACUCGUUGUAUUCAGGCAUGUAAGACAAAUCCUGAAUAUAUAUACGCUCCUUUAAAAGAAAUCCCUCCUGCUGACAUCCCCAAAAAUAAAAAACUUCUAACAGAUGGUUAUGCUUGUGAAGUUAGAUGCCAAAAUAUCUACUUAACUACAGGUUAUGCUGGCAGCAAGAAUGGUUCCAGGGAUCGAGCUACUGAGCUAGCUGUAAAACUCUUGCAGAAACCUAUUGAAGUUAGGGUUGUCCGACGGAAAUUCAAACACACAAUUGGUGAGGACCUUGUGGUGUGUCAGAUUGGCAUGCCUUCAUACGAAUUUCCUCCAGCUCUGAAACCACCAGAAGAGCUGGUGGUGCUGGCUAAAGAUGCUUCUGGGCAGCCGAUUUUUAAUGCUUCUGCCAAACACUGGACCAAUUUUAUCCUUACAGAAAAUGCAAAUGAUGCAAUUGGUAUCCUUAACAAUUCUGCCUCAUACAACAAAAUGUCUGUUGAAUACAAAUAUGAGAUGAUGCCAAAUCGUACAUGGCGUUGUCGAGUGUUUUUGCAAGAUCACUGCUUAGCUGAAGGUUAUGGAACCAAAAAAACAAGUAAACAUGCAGCUGCUGAUGAGGCUUUGAAAAUCCUUCAAAAAACACAGCCCACUUACCCAUCUGUCAAAAGUUCACAAUGCCAAACGGGCUCUUCACCCAGGGGAUCUGGGAAGAAGAAAGAUAUAAAGGAUCUCGUAGUUUAUGAGAAUUCUUCAAAUCCUGUGUGCACGCUGAACGACACAGCUCAGUUUAAUCGAAUGACAGUUGAAUAUGUCUAUGAAAGAAUGACAGGACUCCGAUGGAAAUGCAAGGUGAUUCUAGAGAGUGAAGUAAUUGCAGAAGCAGUUGGAGUGAAGAAAACUGUCAAAUAUGAAGCUGCUGGGGAAGCUGUGAAAACCCUCAAAAAGACCCAGCCAACUGUCAUUAACAACUUGAAGAAAGGAGCUAUUGAAGAUGUGAUUUCAAGAAAUGAAAUUCAGGGUCGCUCAGCAGAGGAGGCUUACAAACAACAAAUCAAAGAAGAUAACAUUGGAAAUCAGCUGCUGAGAAAGAUGGGUUGGACGGGUGGUGGUUUAGGUAAAUCUGGUGAGGGCAUUCGGGAGCCAAUCUCUGUCAAAGAGCAGCAUAAGCGGGAAGGGCUUGGUCUUGAUGUAGAGAGGGUAAAUAAAAUUGCCAAGAGAGAUAUUGAACAGAUCAUCAGAAACUACGCCCGCUCGGAGAGCCACACGGAUUUAACUUUCUCUACAGAGCUGACUAACGAUGAGCGGAAGCAAAUACAUCAGAUUGCCCAGAAGUAUGGUCUUAAGAGUAAGUCUCAUGGGGUGGGCCACGAUAGGUACCUGGUGGUAGGUAGAAAAAGACGGAAGGAGGAUUUACUAGACCAGCUCAAACAGGAAGGCCAAGUGGGGCAUUACGAGCUUGUGAUGCCUCAAGCAAAUUGAGAUCUUACUAAUUUAUUUUGUAAAUGCCUAAUGAGGCAGAUUUGUGAAUAAGAGAAAUGCUACAUGUUCUGGUUGCAGAGUAUAUUCAUUCUUAAGAUGUUUCACCUUGUUCAUUUCAUAUAGUGCUUUAUUAGAUACUGGAACUUGAAGAAUUCUGUCCACUUGUAUUAACUUAAUCCAGCAGAUAAUAUUGUGCAGUUACUGUUUGCGUCUUUGAUAUUGCUGUGUCUCUCAGAUUUUAGUAGUUUGUACAAAGCAAGAACACAUAUCCAAAUGGAAUUUCACCCCGAGAAAGAAGUUCCCAUUUUAAAGGGCAUAGCACAGCAAUUUGCAACAAUAUGUAAAGUUGAUACUAACUACAAUAAAACUACAGUCUUAAUUCCAGACUUAACUGAAAAUGUCAGGUCAUUUUGUAUUACCUAUUUUCAUCUUUAUGUGAAGCCAGUUAUAGAAUGUUUAAUAGUAAGUUGUGCUGUACGUGUAAAUGUCCUUACCAACUAAAUGAUGUAAAACUUUCUUAAAGUAAUUUUAGUGUUCGUUUAUUUAUAACUUCUACCAUGUGGUUUCCAGAAUAUUGGAAGUGAUAUACUGUAUCUUGUGAUAUAUGAGUGUUAACAAAUUCUAGCCUUCAUGCUGAGAGAGCACUACUUGAGAGAGCAAUUGAAAAGUUCCCAAAACUUUGAUUCAGUCUGAAGAAAGGAAGCUGGAACUGUCUGUUCUUGGUGCCUUGCAGAGAGACUCGCAGCAACUCUCCGUUAUAGCUUUCACAUGAUUUGGGUGUAUAGCACAUCCAAGGUGGCCACAGCUGUGGUGGAGCUUGGUAAAAGACUGAAGAUACAUUGGUGCUUUGCUGACAAGGUUAGUUGGCUGGUCCCUCUCUCAAAAAGCUUAUUUAGCCCCCAAAGCCAACUUUGUAACAUAUUUAAAACUGCUAUUUUCGCUUAUUUCUGGAAUGUAAAAAAAACUGUAUAAAAAGGAUUAGUGUAUGCUUCCUGAAUAAAA